CAACAAUCUUCCAGGGCUUCAUCCAGCACGCAAGGAGGUCAAACGAGCGUCAGAUUUCUGUUCGUGGUGAAUGAAGCAAACAUGCUGGAAAACGCCCGUAACGUGGAUCAGUAUGGGAAUGAGAUGCCUCCGCUGAGGUACGAUGGUUUCGACAUCGAGGAUGUGGGGACGGUCUUUCAAUACCACAACGGGGUCGUUACUGUAGCCGAAGGGUGGUAUUGGAUUCGAAAUGGACCAGGUCAGAUAGGCAGAAUCACGAGAGAUCAGUACGCCACGGACCAAGACGGCAACACCACGACUACAUAUGCGGUGGCCCCGCAGUAUUCCACUCGGACCGUGUAUCACUGCGGCCCUUUUCUGCCAUGCGUAUAUGCCCCUUGUGAUGCGUCCGCCAACAUUGGAGCAUUCGACCGCUGGCACGCGCUCCACUUCCAUCACGAGCACGGCGUAAGCCGCGCCCUCGCGAACGGCGGGAACAGGUACAUUGCUGGGAAACACGCGGACUGGAUGGAGAAACACCCGAUCAUAUCCCAGCUGUACAAGAACCCUUACCCAGGUAUACCCAGAUCGGCCGGCCUAGGCGGGGAUUUUGCCAUCAUCAUUGGCCUUAUGGCACUCUCCCAACCACGCGGCACCAUUGACCGUGCCUUUCAACAGCGCCUGUGGCAUAUGGGCACGUGGACAGGAGCCCAUCCCGACUCGGCUUGUAUUGCUGACCCAAUACACCACCUCUCGGACUUGGACUGA